GACCGAUAUGUAAACUUCCAGAUACAAACAAUGGCGGAUAUGACAUGGAAACCCGAUUAAAUUCAUAUUUUGAAUGAAAAUGUAGCCGUUUGUUGGUAUAUACAACAGAGCCAGAUGACCACUGACCUGAAUGCGUAAGAUAAAAAAUCACCAGUAGAAAUGUCUACACCACAGAACACUGCUGAACCAACUUCUUCCAUAUUACCGUUUUCCAUCAAUUGUCCGAAAAAUACAGACACGGUCACCACUGUUAGUAAUGAUCAUGACACACAUGUACAAAAAGAUACACAGAAUUUCGUCAUGGGCCAAACAGCUGUAGAGGCAAUGGAUCUUAGCACUGGGGCAACAGGAACAAGUAAACAGAUACCUGAAGCUAUGGAAGCAGAAUUUGUAGAUAUUGAUAAAGAUGUAAAUGGGGGCAAGUCAUCGUAUGAAAUAGCUGCAGAGGCUUUAUGUCUGAUGAAGUCAGGUGGUCUAGCAUCUCUCAGUAAUAAGCAAGAAAGUGCUAUUAAAGAAAAUGUUCAGACUCUAGUAAAUCUGUCAAACAGUGAGGCCAGAUAUGCUGAAGCUAUUUGCUCAACCUCUGGAAACAAACUUGUUCCAAACCAUCGUGCCAAUGAAGGAGACCCUCUAACCAUUAAUUCUAGAACUGAAAAUUUGCCACAAACUGCAGUAAACGUGGUAAACAAUGGUCCACAGGCACAGGAAUACUGUGUACCAAAUAGUACAAAUCAAAGUACUACGAGUGUUAGCUCAGAAACAAGAAGUUUGUCCAUAUUAUCAAAUGUUUCUUUACCCUCAACACCUGUUCAAAGUUCAGCAGCUGCCUUAGCCACCUCUGGUCAACCAGUAAAAUAUGUAAUAGUGCCUGAAUCAGCCUUGUUAUCUACAGUGAAACCUGGGGAAAUCGUCUCCGUACCAGGCACACCGUACUACUUUAUGAUGCCUAAAGAAAAACAACCAGCUACCAAAGUGAUCUCAAUACCAGGACUGCCAGGUUUUUCUCAGGGUUGUUUACCACAAAAAGGCAACACGUCUGUAUUUACUGUUAGCAAAUCGGCAGUUGUGACAUCAGUACCAGUGAAUUUUAGCAAAAGUGCAACUGCUUCCGAUCAGCAGCCAAUAAACAAAGGAAAUUUUCAGCCGUUAGCAUUAAAUGCUAAGUCGUUUGCUCGGAAACGUAGCUCUAUGAAAAGGCAUGAAAGUUUGAAAUUUCCGCCGUGUAUUAUAUGCGAAGGAGAGGCUUCAGGUUUUCAUUACGGUUGCAACACUUGUGAGGCUUGUAAAAACUUCUUCCGAAGGUGUCUGUUGAGAAAGUCUGAUACACCCUUUGUCUGCCAUAGUGGUAAAACAUGCGAAAUCUCAUUCAAAAAGAACAAAAAUAACUGCUCAGCUUGCAGACUAGAUAAAUGUUUAGAAAUGGGUAUGGCAAAAGAAAAAUGUAAAAUGGGUCGUUAUACUGCUUUAAUGCGAACUGAAACCAUUAAGAAAGUGAGAAAACUGGAAGGAAAAGAUGAAGAUAACUCUGACACUUCCAGCGCAGAUUCUCCAGGUCCGAGCUCAAGUCAGCAAGAUGAAAUGAGCCAGCCUGACGAAGCAAUGCCAGAAAUAGAAAAUUUAGAAAAUAGAGACAUUUGUGGUGCUAUGAUCUCUAAACAGAUUUAUUCUGCUUCUCAUGAGAAGCAAGAAAUAGAAAGCAAAACUGAAUAUAAUGAAGAACUAGUAGAAUAUCUAGUUUCGGCAAUGGAGGGUAUCAAACCAUGGGGCGAAAAUCUAGUCACUGAAGAAUCGCGAAAAGCUCUCAUUAAGGAGCAUUAUGAAAAAUACACAGCAAAAGUGGAAACUUUCGGAAAGCUCAGUGAUGUUUCCAUGCAAGAGUAUCAAGUUUUACUGAAAAAAUUCGGAAUUGAUAUUGAUGGACAUUGGGAAUCAUUCAAACAGUGGAGUUUUGAUUGGGAAACUGUCAUUGGUCGAUAUUGUACCUUUGCCAAAUGUAUACCAGAAUUUUGUUCUCUCAGUUAUGAUGAUCAAGCAUGCCUGUUGAAAGCCACUCACUUUGACUUUUUUGUGAUAGUUUUACAUCAGGGUUACAUCCCUGAGUAUGGUGUGUUCUUGGAAGUGAAUGGGGUGCCUUUCCAUAUUGAAGAAGCAGCGAAUAAAUUUUUCUCACGGGAUUUAGUUGUUUCAAUGGUUGACAUGAUGUCAAGACUUCAGAAAAUGAAUCUUUCUAAAUCUGAAAUGGCACUCCUAAUUUCAGUAAUCACUAUGUCUUCUGAUCAGUGUAAGCUUGAAAACUCGAGAUUGGUAGAGGACACGCAGCUUCGUCUCAUUGACCUGUUACUAAAGGAGUCAUGUAAGAUUCACGGGCAGGCAGCUGGACGCAAAAGGCUUACAUCAUUUAUUGAUGUAAUGACCAAAAUGCGUGAAGUUUCGAACAUUUAUUAUAAGGAGUAUCGUGCUCUAUGUAAAGAUGAUUUAAUCAAAGAAGCAGUGCCUAAUCUAGAUUGUGUACUCCCAGAUGAACAUUAAUGCUAAACUUUCCUUAAAACAAAACAAAAAUAUUAAAUCCUGACACCUUUAUAGAAAUUAUAAGAAUUUUGGCUAAUGCAUUAGAAAAGUCAGUAUUUCACACUUGUAUUCAUAUUUGGUCAUUGAAGAAUAUAUUUUCAUAGAUAUCUUCUUUGUAAUAACUUUUAAAAUAGCUUAAUCAAGGUUGUUACUGAUGUGCCAACAAAAAGAUAUUAUAGUUAAAACUUU